UGCUCCUAGGUCGAGCCGAAGAAAAUCGCGAGUGUGAUGUGUCCGACGAAGGAGAACAUCAGCGACCAUGCUGGACUCUCUUGGUGCUUUCAUAGACGCUAAGGAAAAACGGAAUGGCAUAGGAAUGGGGAACAUGAUGGGGCUGCUCGUUGUGCCGACCAUGACGACAGCGAAUUGUUGCACGUGACACAAUGAACAACGCAACCUCGUUGACGCUCCUGCUGAAUGCGUCUAAUGGUACCUUUUCGUCGUCCGACGAUCCCACCAACGCCAACACAUCUUUUUCGAUCACCCAGACAGUAUUCAUCGGCACCAUCGCAGCAAUCCUCUCUUUCAUUACCGUCGUUGGAAAUAUGAUGGUGAUGAUAUCGUUCAAGAUUGAUAAGCAGCUACAGACGAUCAGCAAUUAUUUCCUGUUCUCACUGGCAAUAGCGGAUUUCGCGAUAGGCCUCAUUUCCAUGCCUCUCUUCACAGUGUUCACGUUGCUCGGCUACUGGCCUUUGGGACCCCUCAUCUGUGAUACUUGGCUCUCACUCGACUACCUUGUUAGCAACGCAUCAGUACUCAACCUGCUCAUCAUCAGCUUCGAUCGCUACUUCUCUGUCACCAGACCGCUCACAUACAGAGCCAAAAGGACCACCAAUAGGGCUGCAAUCAUGAUCGGAUGUGCGUGGGGUAUAAGUUUACUUUUAUGGCCUCCUUGGAUAUACAGUUGGCCAUAUAUAGAAGGUGAACGUACAGUGCCGGACAAAGAGUGUUACAUUCAGUUCAUCGAGACCAAUCAUUACAUCACAUUUGGAACAGCGAUCGCAGCCUUCUACGUUCCGGUCACCGUCAUGUGCAUUCUCUAUUGGCGAAUAUGGCGCGAGACGGAGAAACGCCAGAAAGAUUUGCCAAAUUUACAAGGUCAAGGGGCUGGCAAGAAGGACUCUAGCAAGAGGAGUAACUCCAGUGAAGAAGCAAACAAUGCAUGCUCAACGGUGGAAGUGGAAGAUUGGCGAAGACCUCGAUCGGAAUCUUCAACAGGGGACAACGAUUCCGUUUAUAUGCCUGCUUCGAUUUAUGUGGAACACCAACCCCAUAGGCGAAAACCGAGGAAACGGGUCGGAUGGUUCUCCUGGUUUUGGAACGUCCGGGAUUGGUGUGUGGCGUGGUGGCAUUCGGGCAGGGAAGAUAGUGAUACUGAGGAUGAAAGUCCCAGUGAGCACGCACCCGGCUGUUCUACACCAAUGACCCUUGAAACUCCUGUGCAAAGUUCAGUUUCUAGAUGUACUUCGCUAAAUAUGAUAAGAGAUCCUUACGUAGCGGGUCUAUCAGUUCCUCAAAGGGACUUAGUAUUGUCUCAUUCCAACAUGACUCCAACUAGGAUGGUUCCACGAGAUUCCCGAAGCUUGCCUGUAGCCAAUCGACUAGGAACACGAUCAAUUUCAAACGACAGCAUCUACACAAUCCUAAUUCGACUUCCAGGUGAUACUAACGAGGGUGCUCCCACCAAUGAAGCACCUUCGAUCAAAAUGAUUCCUGAAGACAUCCCGAGGCCUUUACGAACCCACGCCGCUGGAGAUAUGGAUUAUCCGUACGUCCAAGCAAAUCAUCUGAAUAGAAGACCAUCGGCCGUGUCGGACAUUAGAAUUCCAUUGAAUGCUAAAAUUAUUCCUAAACAAAUGGGAGGGAAGACGCUUCUAACCACCGUCACCAAAACGCAAGCCAAAAAGAAGAAACGGGCAACUGAGAAGAAAGCCGACAAAAAAGCUGCUAAAACCUUAUCAGCUAUUCUGUUAACUUUUAUAAUCACCUGGACUCCAUACAAUAUUUUGGUGUUGCUAAAACCGGUGGCACCCGGCGCGAAGAUUCCUUCACAGGUGUGGGACUUUUUCUACUACCUUUGUUACAUCAAUUCGACAAUUAACCCCAUGUGUUACGCCCUGUGUAACGCAAGUUUUCGACGUACCUACCUAAGAAUUUUACAGUGCAAGUGGCAUAACCGUAACAGGGCUGCAAUGAACAGGGGAUUCUACAACUAGCAGCGCAGAGGGGGCAUGGACCUGAGGGUGCACUUCGCUGAGUAGGCCAUGCCCCUCGUUUCGUAAAAUAAAAAAUUGUAACGUAUUUCUCUUGUGCCAACAACAAAAACGACAUUCGGCGACCUAAGCCGGCCCUGUUCCGUAGCGCGAUGGGAUUGAUUUUUGUGUACCUAUGACUCAAAAACAAAUCUACAAACAUAG